UUAGAACCGCAUCUCUCGUAAAGAAGCUGUAUACAAUUCUUCCAAUCCAAUCCUGAUGGGAUGCAGGCUUAAUCCUGCAACCAAACACAAUAAUCUUCAUUAUAGAAGUGUACUGAAGACGGCGUGACAGUGAUCCCGUUUCCCUUACCGUCAUCUCUCUCUUUCAACUUCUUUUCUGUUCCUUUAAAAACACAAAACCCCAUGGCGCGCAAUUAAGGGAGUUAGCGCUCUCUACCUUUACAAAAUUAACAAAAAUGCCUAGCCUGAAAACCGACUCUCCUCUGUCCCGUCGCAUCGUUCGCGCCUUCUUCGAUUUCCUCGACUCCGUUGAACCUGCACCUGGUGCUGAUCUUGAAGGACUCGAUGUAGCUAGAGAAUGUUUGCGCGAGGUGUUUAAGCUUCCUUUAACUUCUCCUUCUAAUGAUGAUGCUUCCUUAAAACCUGCUUUGCUGCUCGACUUAUUUCGCUCACUCGAUGCAAAUGUCGAUGAUCAUACUUCUACUGCUGCUGCUGAUGCUGAUGUGAGCCACUCACAGGCACCUAAGGCUCAGAGUAACGAUAGAGUGGGAACAUCUUAUGAAAUGGGUAGGCAGCACUUUUCCUCUCCUGCAGGUGAAUCCAAAGACGAAUUAUUUGGACAAUUCUUUGCUGCCCUUGAGAAAAAUCACUUUUUUAAGACAGCACCUGAUGGGAAUGACGACCCUGUCCAACUGGAUAAAGCCACACACUUAUUUCAUGAUGCUUUAAAUGUGAUGGAACAAGCUGGAUGCCAAUCAUUUACAAAGAGCAGCCUGGCAGAGACAUUAAAGGCACAAGGUAACCAGGCUAUGCAGUCAAAGAGAUACUCUGAAGCAGUUGAGCUGUAUUCUUGUGCAAUUUCUCUCUAUGAAAAUAAUGCUGUUUACUACUGUAACAGGGCAGCUGCAUUUACUCAGGUUCACAAAUAUACUGAAGCAAUCAGUGAUUGUCUUAAGUCCAUUGAAAUUGAUCCGCACUACAGUAAGGCAUACAGUCGUCUCGGGCUAGCAUAUUAUGCUUUAGGGAACUACAGGGAUGCUAUUGACAGAGGUUUUAGGAAAGCAUUAGCACUGGAUCCCGACAAUGAAUCGGUCAAAGAAAAUAUUCGGGUUGCUGAGCAAAAAUUAAAAGAACAUCAAGGGAAUGGAUCGGAUCAGAUGAAUUCCUCUGGCAACGCCUGGCAAGAAAUUCCUAACGGCGGCAUUCAUCUUAGUGAUUUUUUAAGCAUAUUAAGGAACAUGGUUUCACAAUCCACAGGAGAGCAGCCUCAUCCUCAAGAAAGGCAAGGAAAUGCGGAUCUUGGAGAAAAUUUGCCACCUGAGUUAAGAGGAGCAUUACAAUCAUUGAUGGGUGGGUUUUCAGGGGCGGCAGCAGCAACCAAUGGAAAUCCUCAACCUCAAGAUUCAAAUGGAAGACCACCUACGAACUGAACUGAACAUUUACUCUGACCAAUGCCUUGUUUUCCACAGCAACUGUUUUUGAGUUUAUCAUUUGUAAAUUUAGUGUAUAUUUUGAGAGAAGAAUGCAGAUGAAGUUUUAGGUUAGUUCAUCAAUUACUACUAUUAUAAACCAAGUUUUUAUUUCCUCUAGGUAAGUGUCGAUUUUUAGUGGGAAAUGUCUUCGAGAUUUCUCGUUUCUUUUGCUA